AUGGAGAGGAAGAGAAAGCUGCCGGCCCGGGCUGCGGCCCGCGCAGAGCAGCUCGCCAAGCGCCGCAAUCCUUCGGCUCGCCAUCGUACAAAAACUCCCACUCCUCCACCGAGGCCGCCUCCAGAACCCAUUGUCGAGGAGCCGCCGCCCACGCCGCCGCCACCGCCGCUGCCAACCUCUGUCGAGCAUGGCAAGCCGCUGCCAACCAUCGAGGUCGCCCAGUCCCACAACCUCUCCCCAGAGGACUACCAAUCCAUCUCGGAAAGCGGUGUUCUGGCCGAGUCGCUCGCGCGAUCGAGACAGCGAUGGAUCAGUGAAGGCCUCUUCGAAAAGUACUGGACGAAACCGCACAAGAAAAAGGGUCUCCUCAUCGAAGAUCCCAAGAACCCCCCCAAAGACUCCAUGACUAAGAUCGGCAAUGUCACAAUCACUAUCGAACCGCAUAUUGUCGAGGCCACCAUGUAUGCUGUCAAGGGCCCCAAGCAAAAGCCUGCACCCCAGGUGCUUCAGAAACCACCUCAACAACAAGCCGCUCGACCCAUCAUCCAGUACGGUCCUGCCAAUGGUGCCAUGCCACCGCCCGCGCAGCCAAAAAGUGUACCGAGCCCGGUGAACAAGCCAGUAUCGACACAUGCUCCUUCACCACACCCCCCAACCCCCCAGUCUGGUACGCAGCCAACUGGCCAACAGGCUGCGGCAUCGCCCGCCCCAAAGAGCUCAACGCCCAGCACCGGCGGCGCGCAACGCUUUCCGACACCACAAGGAGUCGCGUCCAACCCAACAACAGGAGCACCGUCCGUCCCGCCACACAAUUCCGCUCCUCCUGCCACCUCACAGCCCCGGGCAACACAGACUGCUUCUCCGGGACCGGCCCAGCAAGUCGCUCCUCCGCAGCCUUCUGCGACCCCUGGCGCCAGUCCUGCGCCCGCAGCCGCAAAACCCGCUACAGCAGACCCUGUCAUUGCACUGCUUGCACAGAAAGCCUCCACUGACUCAGAAUUACGAGACCUCAUGAAGCGUGUCGCUGUUGGUCAAGCCAAACCGGGCGAGCUAGCCCAUUUCCAAAAGAUCAUCGACCAAUUAAACGCCGAGUAUAAAAGUAAAGGUGGUCAGCAGGGCCCAUCAGCAGACCGAUUGCUGGUGGAUGGAAGAACCGUCAAGUACUUUGCGGAUGAGGUUCGCACAAUUCUUGACAUUGUCCUGGCUUCAAACCCGAACCAGAAAUCGAGCGAGCUUCGACCACCGCCCGGAAGUGAUGCCCUCGUCGUUCUCCUAGUCAAAACUGCACUAGAAGAUGUGCGCACGAGAGACAUGAUUCGCAGGAUCGCUGAAGGCCGCCCGGGCAACACAGAUGCGACAGAUCUGAAAGAUAUCCUGGACCGUCUUAACAGAGACGCAAAGACUGUCCCCCAAGGGUUGCAAGCGCCGCCGCAAGGACGGCAGCUUACUCCCAACGGGGUUGCCAAUAACGGCACGAGAUUGCAACAACCGCAUCUGAACAACAGCAUGAACCCCCCACAACCCAUGCGCGCCAAAGCGCCAACGACUGCAUCACGGCCAGAUAUCUCUGCAGUUGUUUUUGAUUUUGGAGCAGGCGAUCGCUUUCUGUUUCCGAAAUUUAGCAUCUUGGAGUUUUUGCCGACCACAUCUGGCCAACAAGUGGUCGCAUCCUUCCUCAUCGUGCGCAAAGGAAGCACAUCGGAAUAUGGAGGCGAUCCUCAACUCGACUACUACCAACCUGUCACCAUCCGUCUCCAGACAAGCACUGGCCGGUAUCUAGAGAAUCUUGCGAGGGUAGUGGCGCCGCAAGACGAAGUCAGAAGGUAUAUGGACGAUGUAAUGGACAAUAUGACACGCGCCGAAUAUGUUCUUCUUGCCAUGCAGCUACCUCGCCAUGGUCAUAAUCUCGACACGGGGCUCGAGACAACCGAGGGCAGAAACCACAGCCCUAUUUCUAAUACAGACCAGGACAAGGCCGAAAUUAUCAAGCCCGGGGUGCUGUGGACGGUUAGUGCUGGGUCCAACAGGUCUUCGAUGACACCGUCACGCCAGAUACCUCGCAUCGAUGCCGAGGAAGAGUCGCAGCAAAAAUACCAACGGCUCAUCAGAUCUAUUGAAGAAAAGGAGUAUGAGUAUGUGUGA